AUGGACUACUAUGUCAUACCAAGCUAUCCACAUACGAAAAAAGAAGGUAUUGCAACCUUUGUUCAUUGUGGAGAGCCUCUCUUACCCGAUAACCCUACGGAUAAUAAUAUCCGCGUUGCAUUUACAAAAAUCAAAGACCAGAUUGAAUUUGAUUAUGCGGGAAGGGGUAGUACAACGAAGUUUACAUCAACUUCGCUGAAGUUUAUCGAGUUUGUAUAUGUCUCGCCGCAUAUACACGAUCUACAGAAGGAGCCUCCUUCUUUAAGCUCUUCUUCGGUCCAUCAGUUACUAAAAGUUGAGACUGAGAAUCGGUACAAUUCCUUUCUAAAAGACUGGAAUAAUCUCGGAUAUGCACCGUGGAAGCCGCUUCGUAGCAUUAUGGGUGCUUGUAGCGGCCAGCAAAUGAAGGUUUUUGAGAGACAUGGGGGUCCAAAGGAUAAAUGCACCUGGGUUGGUCGUAUUAACCAAGAUAGGAGAUUCUGUGGUAUGGGCGAUCAUAACCAUCAUCCUCCACUCCCAGACCGUAUAUCGGCUGAUGUUGCACGGCAUGUGCGAAACCAGAUUCGCAGCUUCGGACCAGACGUGAUAACUCUUACCACAAGGAUGUUUCUCCUGUCUGGAGUUUUAUCAUCAAUACGAGAUGUGUUUGGCGUUGAUACGCUACGCCAAAUCGAAGAUGGCUUGAAUAUUGAAGAUCGUGUCGAGGCUCUUAUUCGAAAAGAGCGGCUAAUGAUCUUCCCAGCCGGAUCACAUUUUGCAGGAGCAUGUCGACAGUUUGAGCUAGAAAAGAAUAAGCCCCGAAGCCAACGUUGGAUUCGACAUAUCCACCGCUUCGACGAUUAUAAGCACUUCCUUAUUAUUUGUUGUACCCAGAAGCAAGCUGAACUUUGGAAAUAUGAAAAGUUUCUACAAGUUGAUCUAUCAUAUAAGAUGAUUAAGGGCGAUACGAAUUUAUUCUCAUUUGCUGGGGAGAAUAAAGAUAUAGGACGUAUUAUUACGUAUAUCUACUGCUUCACAAAUUGGGAUUCUAGAGAGGCAUAUGCAGUAAUCUUUCAAGAGAUCUUCAGGAUAGUAGCUGAUAUUACUGGAGAACCUAUAAAAGGGCAUCAUCUAAAUGGUGGUAUAGGUAUCCAGGCCGUCACUUUGGAUAUGUGUCCGAAACAAGCACCAGGUCUCGGGGACUAUUUACGUACUAUAGAUCCCUCGCGUACAUGGGAAGAACAUCUACGGCAUAUACUUAUCUUCUGCUAUGUACAUGUACAACGUAACUUCUGGUCACGAUACCCGAAUCACCCGUGGUAUAAUCACCUUUAUAAGCUCUGGGAGACGAAAACACGUACUGGAUAUGUCGAGCUCGUGGAGCGCAUAAGCAGACAGUACCCAGAGCUAAGAAAGUGGUUUAAGGGUAAACAGGUUGACUGGGUUGUUGCUGGACUCGUCCCUUCCGAGGGACUUGUUAACCGUAUUAGCAGGACAUAUGCUUUUAAGCAUUCAAACCUUGCUGAGUUUACUCAUUUCGAGGAGAAUAACGCUUCUCCACCGAUUUAUUCAGGAUAA